GUCUGAGUUCAUGCAUCCAAAUGCACUCCAUUUUAUUGCCAUUGAAACCUGUGCCAGACUGGCAUAGCAAGUAGAGCAAAUGGAGGCAGAGGGCACUGCCCACACUCCCCUUCCCUCCCUCCCAGGGUUACAAGGGAGAGCCUCGUGCCCGCGGAAUGCGCGAGCACCACCACUCAGCAUUGCUUGCAGACAGCAGGAUGUUUUGAAUCCGAGCCGUUGGUGACGUAGUUGUGCGCGCGCCAAUUCAAACAGCGGUUUGUGUGAGUGAGUGUUGGGAGACAGCGGGAUCGGAUUAUCGUACUGACACACGGGUUACACACAGCUCGGUCAUGGAGGGACCCACUGUACAGGAGUUGGACUCCAUGCGGUACUCGAUGCUGCAGAAACUGGCCAAGACCAACGGGCUGAAAGCCAACCUGAGGGUGAGACAGGGGGGAGCUCUGUGAAUGCAGGGUUUGAUGGAGGAGGGAGCUCUGUGAAUGCAGGGUUUGAUGGAGGGGGGAGCUCUGUGAAUGCAGGGUUUGAUGGAGGGGGGAGCUCUGUGAAUGCAGGGUUUGAUGGAGGGGGGAGCUCUGUGAAUGCAGGGUUUGAUGGAGGGGGAGCCUGGUGAAUCAGUGGAUGAUGGACCUGGGGAGCUCUGUGAAUGCAGGGUUUGAUGGACCCGGGAGCUCUGUGAAUGCAGGGUUUGAUGGACCCGGGAGUUCUGUGAAUGCAGGGUUUGAUGGAGGGGGAGCUCUGUGAAUGCAGGGUUUGAUGGACCUGGGAGCUCUGUGAAUGCAGGGUUUGAUGGAGGAGGGAGCUCUGUGGAUGCAGGGUUUGAUGGAGGGGGAGCUCUGUGAAUGCAGGGUUUGAUGGAGGGGGAGCUCUGUGAAUGCAGGGUUUGAUGGACCCGGGAGCUCUGUGAAUGCAGGGUUUGAUGGAGGAGGGAGCUCUGUGAAUGCAGGGUUUGAUGGAGGAGGGAGCUCUGUGAAUGCAGGGUUUGAUGGAGGAGGGAGCUCUGAAUGCAGGGUUUGAUGGAGGAGGGAGCUCUGUGAAUGCAGGGUUUGAUGGAGGAGGGAGCUCUGUGAAUGCAGGGUUUGAUGGAGGAGGGGAGCUCUGUGAAUGCAGGGUUUGAUGGAGGAGGGGAGCUCUGUGAAUGCAGGGUUUGAUGGAGGGGGGGAGCUCUGUGAAUGCAGGGUUUGAUGGAGGGGGGGAGCUCUGUGAAUGCAGGGUUUGAUGGGCCUGACAUGAACAUUUUUGGAAGGGGCUGCUCACUACACAUCUGUUGUUUAUUUAUUUUUUCUCUAAACAGCAAAUCUAAGCUCUAUAUAAAAGUAUGAAGGUUUGAAACAUUGUACAUAUGUUUAUCAACAAAGCAGAAGCAUGCCUAGGGACAGUCUAUGGAGAACACAUGUAAUAUGGAUCCUAAAAUAGCCACACACUGCAGCAUAUGUUAUUAGCAUCCUGAUAAACCCUAUACCAAUAUUUGUUAUUGUGUGGCUGACUAAGAACACAAAAAAAUAUAUAUUCGCAUUCCAUCAACUGCCAAAGUGUCUUUGAUCAUGGCCUGUGACUAUUAUAUGUGAGAACUGAUGAUUAUAGAGAUUGAGACAACGUGGCCAGAAGUAUUGCUGGUGUCAUAGGAAUUUGACAGCUUUUAUUUAGAGCAAUGGUAAGACAAGAGAUUCUGACUUGCAAAAGACUGUAUUGUGUUUGAGAUACUAAAUCUUUCCUUCCCCCUUCUUUACAGGCAGAUAAAUUGCUCAGAAGUUUGAAAGAGCACUUCCAUCCGGAGACAAAAACUGUGAAUGUUAGCACUGUAAGUGUGCGCCUGUUUGAGCAUUUUGUUCUUUUGCCAUAAUUGUUAGCAUUUUCAAUUUGUAUUAAAUUAGGUUUGUACAUGGCAUCAUUUAUCAUUUUUCGUUCAAAUUGCUAAAAUGGUUUGACCCAGGACAAGUGCUUUUUAGCAACAUAACCACUACCGUUUACAAUAACAUUUACUGUUUGAUGCCUGAAUUCUGGCUUGCAUGCCCUCCCUUCCGUACAUUUUUGUUUCUGUACUAACAAAGUCUUGCUCUUUGUGUCUGGAAGUACAUUCCAGAUGGCAUGACAUAUGCUCCUGUCUGACCAGUAUUUCUACUUAAAUGGACUCUCUCAUUACAGGAUUCAGACAGUAGUGAUUCUGCUAAAGAUAUGGCUGAAUUAAAUGGCACUGAUGAUAAGGAAGAGACUGUGCCUGUAUCACAUGUUACACACAGACGUGGCAGGCGCAAAAGAUACAGCUCUCCUACACUGGAAGUGAAUGACAAUACUUUGGGAACGAAGGAGUUGCAAUUGGAGGUACCCAUCUCUGCUAUGAGUAAUCACCCAUUCUUUUGUCAAGAAUGCUAUUCGUGAUUUCAUAGCAAAAUUAUUACUGCAGUGAAAAAACUUUUCUACCACUGUCACUGACUAGCUAUCACUUGGUCAUAUCCCAUAACAUUUGAUGGUAUGGCAACCAAGUAGGCAAUAGGGUGCUUGUAUAACUGGUGUUGCCUGAUAAAAGAAAAUUGUAUAUCAAAUCAUUUAUAACUGCCAAUUAUGCUGGCCAGUCUCACUCAAGGCAGCUUUUUAUCUCAAAUUCACUCCUUCGCCUGUGGGUUUUUAGGAUUUAAAAGAUUCAUGUGGGGGGGGGGUCCUUCCCAGUGGUAGUAAUGUAUCUAAGAAUAAAGGGCAUAUGUUUUAAAGCUAUUUCCAUCUUCUAAAUCAUCAGGUAGAAGGUCUUAGUAAAAUGGAUAAAGAACAAAGUGAUGACUCCAACUCUGAGAUACCGUCUGAUUCUGAAAGCAAGAAAAGAAAGCGACCUUUUGUGGAAGAGGCAAGUGAGCAGACUUCUUUGGAAACUGUAGGAAACAUUAAAGAUCAACAAACAAAAUGUAAGUCUAUAAAGUAAAAGUGCCUGGUUAACAUUCAGAAGUCAUCUGUGUUGGACGAUCAUUAAUUGCAUUGUGUUUGAAGUGUUGCUAUAAGGGAUUACACUCAGACUUACUAUAUCAAUAUACCUUCAUGCACUACUAAACCGAAAUAACUGGAUAAGAAACAUUAGAGUCUAUAGCUCAGGGCGUAUAAAUUACAAGCCUUUUUAAUGGUCAGCUGUCCAACAAUAAAGUGGGAUGUCUGCAUCCCAAAGUUUCUGUACCACGUUGCUAAUUUUCAGUUCACUUCAAAUUGCCAACAGUUCACAUUUUAAUGAAUAACCCAUUCAAAAAUGUACUUGCCCUAUAGUUUCAUUGUCUGUUGGGAAAAAAGCUUUCUAAGAAAUUUUCACUACUCCUAUGUAAACAUUCAGUUGUCCUCAGGAAGGCAUUGACAACACAAGCAAUUCAUGCCUCCUUUAGUGUUUGUUUACACUUUUGAUCCUGUCUUCCACAGCAGACACUUGUGCACCACCUGGUGGGAAGAUUCCAAGAUACGCAGGUCGUUUGCCUAAACCCAGCUCAAAGCCCUCUACACCAAGUAUGUCAAUGUUACUCUUUGAAAUUAUUGAAAGCAAUGUUGUCUUUUUCAGCCAGCUUUAAAUAUUAUGACUUUUUACAGAUUUCAAAAGGCUGCAUGAAGCACAUUUUAAAAAAAUGGAAUCCAUUGAUAAAUACAUGGAGAGGAAGAAGAAGCGGCUCGAUGCAGUGAGCAGUUCCAUUCAAGAGGUUAAGGUAAAUUAUUAUUAUAAUUAUUAUUGGUAUUUAUAUAGCGCCAGCUUAUUCUGCAGCUCUUUACAAUAAAUUGGCAUAGAUCACUGCAGAUGCACGAUUUUUGGGUUAUUGUCUAAAGUUAAGAUUGUUGGAAAUUUAAAGUGAAUUAACCAUUUUAGGCUAAAGAAGCCAAAAAGAAAACAUACCAUACUUGGAAUAUUUUCAGUUAGGCUAUUGUAGCCUGAAAUGUGAAAUGCACUUUAAAUUAGCGACAACUCACACUUUAGUAAUAAACUCCAAUAUGUAUCCUAUGUAACAUUUUAUGGAUAUUAGAGGCAGUUGAUUUUAAGUUUUUCCUUUACACUGUGCAUUUAUACAUAGAUGUUCUCUAUUGUUAGUGUAAAUUGAUUCCUUCAACAAAGUGUUCCAUAUUAAAAAGUAAGCCUGUCGGAAAGAAAUGGAGGAGGCUGCAGUCACUGGCACGUUUGCUUUUUAAUCAACUUCAAUAGAGUAAAUUGAUAUUUUAUGUAACCAAAAUCCUUAGGGAAAAAGAAGAAAUUGUUCCUUUUUGUGAACGCUGCCCCAACAAUAUGGAUGAAUUGCUAUAAAUCAACUUGAAUCUAAGUGCCUGACUCACAUAGCCGGCGUGCUGUUUUAAAGCCACUGACCUGUAACACUUGCCGCAUAGGACAUAUGUGGUAGAAUUUUGUAAGUAGAUUUGUGAGGGUAAAGUAGCUUGGGUUAUAAUCAGAUUUUCCGCGUUCAGAUUUCCCAAUCGUUACCUCUUAUCCUCAUGCUAUUCAGAGAGUAAUUUUUCAAUUCAAUUUGAUAGAGGCCCUCCUAGGAACCUAAAGCGUGUCUUAAUACUUUUGUUUUAAAUUAUUUUUUUACAAUUUAGUAUUCUUUACAGAUGCUGGCAAAAAAAUCAAACAUUCCUGUAAGUGAGAAGACACCAAACAACAAUUCCAAGGUGAGUUCUCCCAGAAAAGGAUAAUGAAUUGAGUUGUUCUCUGAAUCCUUCACAUGCAGGCUAUAGUUUGAAACAAGUUUAUUUACUAUACUCCAAAUGACCCUAUACUGAAUGCGGCAAAACAAUAUGCUUUGACACAGAACCACUCAGGCUGCGUAAUCCACUCUUCAGAAGAUUUAGCAAUGUGUGGAUUUUGCACAAGGGUCUCUUGGUAAAAACUGGAUCCAAACGUUAAAUAAAAAGCAGGCCCAGAUUUUAUAAGUCUGAACUAUUUAAACUCUGUCAGCACUAGCAGCCAGUGGGCAAAUAUUUAACAAAAUACUUGGCAGUUCAAGGGUUAAGCUUCACGGUAUUAGCCACUGCUUGCUAGCUAGUUGCCAUAGAAAAUAAAUCAAUGAAACAAACUAUGGAGGGGGGUCAAAAUAUGAGCAUGCUAUAAUUAUUAUACAGCGGUUUUAUACCUAUUAAUACUCAACGCGGUGAGCAUCUAAUGGCUGCUGAACUUUUCUGUCCCUCCAGUGAUGGUUAAUAUAUUUAGCAGAACAAAUGCAUUUAAGUCUGAAAUAAAUUGACUCUUCAGCCCAUAAUGCACAUCAACAUGUAAACAUAGAAACGUAGAAUGUGACGGCAGAUAAGAGCCAUUCGGCCCAUCUAGUCUGCCCCUAGUGUGCACUUUUCACAUGGUUAUUUACUAAACUCUGCUGUAAAUUAAAAGCCUAAAUCUAAAUUAAUAUUUCCAAGCAAUCUCUAUAGUGGAGCUGAUGAUUUUUUUUUUAUUUUUUUUUUAUUUAGCUACUUUUGUCAAUCUGUUUAAUUUGGUAUUUCGGAAUUAACUAUCAGUAUUACAUUGGCACUUACGUUUGUACCGUAUAACAAUGGUUUCUCAUCCCAUCUGCACAAUAAUUGAUUGUGUGUGUGUGUGUAUAUAUAUAUAUAUGUAUGUGUGUGUGUGUGUGUAUAUAUAUAUAUAUAUAUAUAUAUAUAUAUAUAUAUAUAUAUAUAUAUAUAUAUAUAUAUAUAUAUAUAUAUAUAUAUAUAAUUUUUUUUUAUUAUUAUUAUUUUUUUUAGAAGCAGUUAAAGGGAAGGCUUUCUUUAUUGAGCCCUGCAACUCGGAAGAGUAAUAUUUCCUCCGCUAAAACCCCAACAAGCCAGGGCCGAUCUGCACGCUGCAGUAUCGCCAAUAAAAGUAUCUUACUGGACAAGACUGUGUUCAAGCCAUCUGUGUUUUCAUCGUCAAAAAUGAACGUCCGGUAUGUUGAAAUUGCAGCAGAAAUUGUGAUAUUGUUACAUUCGUUAUACAAGCUGUAGUUAAAUUAAUUUACACCAAAAGCAAUCUUCAGCAUCCACUGUGUGGUUAAUCCUUACACAUGUUUAUAACAAUCACCAAAAUCGAGCCACCUUGCUGAACAGCAAUUCCAAAAGAGCUGUAUGCAAACUAAAUAUUGGAAUGUCACAUAAUAAAAGGUUUAGUGAUUUUUUUUUCAGGUUUUUAUCGACUGGUGUAAUUUCUAACUUCCAAAAAAAAGUGGUGGUUUCCGUUUAAUCCAUUCUCUGAUUAGAUUUAUGGUAUAGUGUGCUCAAUAUAUUCUUUGGUGUGACUGAAGUUAAUCAUUUGUAUCACUUUGGAUUAGGUUUUCCAUGGCAACAAAAGACAAUGAGCACAAGCAUUCUUUGACUAAAACACCCGCAAGGAAAUCUUCUGGCAUUGUGGCCGUCACUAGAAGUGAAUCUAGAAAAAGCGUUCCACUAACUUGGAAGAGCUUUCCUAUUGACACCGAUGGUCCAAAUAAUGAGCCAGGUAUUUCAGUUUAUUUGCUUAUUUUAAACUAUGAAUAAUGUAUUAUUCCUUAAUGUUCUUCUGCAUCAGCCACAGCUUGUGAUCGAUCGAUUUUUGCCAAGCUCAAAUGAUUUUAGAAAGAUUAGAACACCAGAUGUUCAUAUUUAAGACAGCAGUCGAAGCACCAUAAGUAUCCAGCUCAAUAUAGUGGUUAUAGCAUCAGAGGUCCCUUGGUGCUCCUACAGGAAAUCGUUGAACUUCUUAUUGAUGGUUUAAUACCAACCUCCAUCUCUAGUCUUUCUAAAGUAGAAUUUCCACUGACGUUCUGUCGAUUUUGUCCAUAUGAGGAUGAAGUGAAUUGGCUGAGAGCAUCAGCUACUGCUCUCAGCCAAUGAAACUCCUGCCAAACACAGGCAGUAUUGAUCUCCCUAAUACAGAUGGGGAAACUGCAAUAAAGGAACACUAUAGCGCGAUACAAAGGUGUAGGCACUAGUUGUUAUGGUGCCUAGACUGCCACUUAAUGUUUUAUUUUAUUGGAAAAUAUUGUAUUUUUUUUCUUUAUAGUUAAAGACUUUGCAUCACAACAGCAAUAAUAAGCUAUAGUAAUAAUGGUGCUUGGACUGGAACUGUACCAAUGUUAAAACCAUACUUCAAAAGGACCUUGAUAUGCUAUGUUUGUCUUUGAGUUUUAAAAUGAUUAGGUACUGAGCCAAAUGUACACGUUGUGAUCAAAACAAACAAAAACUUGAAUUUGCGCUAUAUGUCUGUUCAGGCGUAAUUUGCCUCUUUCAUAUUAUGUGCACCCACACUUAUUAUAUAUCAUUUUAUUCAGGGGAAACAGGGCUUUCAUUUAACAUCAAAUAUUUAGGUAUGAAACCAUUUAAUAUGAAUAAAAUAUCAAGUGGGAGAAAAUAAGAAUUAAAAAAAAAAGUUCUACGUAACAUUCUAAACGUGAAUGUCAUAAUACUGUUUGCUUUUACUGCAAUAAAAUACACGUUUGUAUUCUGUAAUGUCUCGUGUAAAACAGUACCCCCUAUGUACAGGUUUUAUUGUGUUGUGAGAAGUUACAGGGUCAAAUAUAGCAUGUUACAUUUUUCAGUUUUUCACAUUGAAAUUUGACAGAUUUGUUAAGUUGCCUUUGAGACCGUAUGGUAGCCCAGGAAUGAGAAUUACCCCCAUGAUGGCAUACCAUUUGCAAAAGUAGACAACCCAAGGUAUUGCAAAUGGGGUAUAUCCAGUCUUUUUUUAGUAGCCACUUUUGUCACAAAAGUUAGUGUUCAUAUUUGUGUGUGCAAAAAUGCACUUUCACUGACAAUAUCGUUAUAAUACAUUUUACUGUUUUGAAACACUAAUAUUUGUGUUCAGCGAAGUCUUCUGAGUAAAACAGUACCCCUCAUGUACGGGUUUUAUGGUGUCUUGGAAAGUUACAGGGUUAAAUAUAGUGCUAGCAAAUUAAAUUCCCUGGACUUUUGGCCUAGGUUGUCAGGCAGGUCCUGCAAAUUGCAAUUAAUAAAAUGACCUAAAUAUGUAAAAUUAUUAAUAUAUACAUACAUACACAUUUUUAUAUAUAGGUAUACUUAUGUAUAUAUAUUUUAUAUAAUAAUUAUAUAUUUAAUCAAUAUCAUUCUAAGUGUAUUUUGAUAGAUAUAUUAAUUAAAAUACACUUAGACAGUGUAUGUGUGUAUAUAUACACACAUAUAUAUGCCGUCCAUGUGAUCGGGAGGUCCUCGCGAUCACAUAGCCCAGGGGGGCUAAAGAGGAAGGAGGGGGAUUCCCUGGGCUCCCAGGUAAGUCCCCACACUGCGAUCGCCGGCGACCGGGUAAGUAGAAAGGAUGGCAGGGACGUGCUAUGCCGCCACCUGGCAUUUAGAGCCAGGUCCCAAAGGACGCCUAACGUCCUUAAGGGGUUAAAGGAACACUAUAGGGUCAGGAACCCAAACCUGUAUUUCUGACCCUGUAGUGCAAAACCCACCAUUUAGGUGGCUUGCCUGUCCCCUUAAAAGUUAAUAAAACUCACCUUAUUUCCCGUGCCGUGCUAGCCCUGCCCCUUUGGUGACAUAAUCAAAAUUGCAGAUUUUUAGCCAAUCCAAUGCUUUCCCAUUGGGAAACGCAUUGGAUUGGCUAAAAUCGGCAAGGGGGCACUGCCAAAUGCAGUUUUGGCCAAUCAGCACCUUCUCAUAGAGAUGCAUUGAGUCAAUGCAUCUCUAUGAGGAAAAUUGAGCAUCCCCAUGCAGAGCGUGAAGAUGCUGAACAGCACUGCUGCCUACUGUGCAGCACUGAGCCAGGAAGCAUCUCCAGUGGUCAACUGAGGAGUUGCCACUUGGAGGUGUCCCUAGGGCCAAUAUAAACACUGCCUUUUCUCUGAAAAGGCAGUGUUUGCAUGAAAAUGCCUGCAUAUAAUGAUUUUACUCACCAGAACAACUACAUUAAGCUGUAGUUAUUCUGGUGACUGUAGUGUCUCUUUAAGUCCUAGAUCCCACAAAUGCACCAUCACACCAUGUGGUUUGGAAAAAGGUUUUACUGUGACUUUCUGCAUUUGUCAUGUGCUAAUUUUGUCAUCUUUUGAUCUAGCAAAAACACCUUUCAAAUUUACCGGUAUGGAGGUGGAGACUCCAAAUACUAAUAAGAAAUCAAAGUUUGACCUUCAAGCGAGCCUAGCACGGCCCCUUGCAUAUGAACCCCACAAAGGUAAAUGCAUUUGCCAGCAAGUGUAAUUUUAAUACAGUGUUUUUUGUCUCUUCUAUCCCCUCACCUCCUUUUGUUUUAUAAAAAAAAAAAUAAAAAUGUAUGUGUAAUUUUUUUUUUGUACCCUGACAAAUCUUUCCUACAAAGCACAGCAACUAUAGUUCAUGUUCUGUAUUUGUUGUGACAGAGUAGGAAAACGGUCUGCAUGAGUUUUCUCAUGCUCGAACCUGUCUCUUGGCAUAUUGCUUGAUGCUCAGAAUUAAUUUGACGGGCAAUGGGAGAACCACAUUUUUGUCUUGUUUUAAAAAAAAAAAAAAAAAAAAAACUGAGCCAUUGUUUAAUUUUUCAUCCAAAGUGCAGUUGGGUGUACCACGACAGGCACGCUGUAAAAAACUCUACUGUAGUUUGAUUUCUAUAUAUAGUUCACGUUUCAAGGAAAACACAUUACAAUUUAUUGUGAGCAUAUGAGCAAUAUCUAUAGACCUUUGUUGAAAGGUGGUGCCCUUUACGUUUUGUUUUAAUAUGCAUUUGUAGUAUUCUAACAUUCCAGUUCUUUUCUCUUCUUUACUGAAGGUAAACUUAAACCAUGGGUGGCUCCUAAAGAGAAUGAGUCUACUGUAAAGGCCAAUUUAUCUGUAUUAAAAGCCACGUACAAGCAGCCUCACCUUCGCACCAGGUAACUUUAAAAACACAAACAAAAGUAAUGCAAUACUGCCAGAGUCCUCAAUCAGACAACUUAAUAUUUCUCCUUUCUCUUACCUCAAUAGGGAGGACAGGCGUUUGCAGCAGCAGGAGAACCGAAAGAAUCGGCGAGACAAAACUAUGGGUAAUCGAAGAGGGGUUGCUGUUCCAUGAAAGAAAAAACACGUUUUGUUUUAUAAAUCCUUGUAAAUAUGCUUUCUUCUUUUGUUUACCCCCUGUAAAUAGUAAAUUUUACCCUUAUAAAAAUCUGGAAUGAGAUUGGUAAACCCUAAUCUAACAUUUCCAGAAUUUAGCACUUCAUUAUCUUUGUGUUUAUGUUUAAACACCUGCCUCCAUGAGGAUAAGACUGGAAAAUGCCUACUACCAAUGCACAUUUUGCUUCUCUUACUGUAUUCUAAAUGGUUAUCGCUUAGUGUUGUUCACUAAAUUGUACAUUUUUGCUAAACCAAACUGAAUUUCAAAUUUUAUGCCACAAUAGUGGAAUUGUAAAAAAGUUAGUCUACUUUGUUUUUCACUUUGGCUGUUUUGGUCUAAAUUUUAAAAUUGACGUUUUAUCCCCAACAAUGUACACUUAAGUGAAUAACUGAAUUUUUUUUUUUAUAUAUACUCUAUAUUAAAUAUAUGGAGUGCUUUCUAGCAAUAGAAAAUUGAAUCAUUUGUAUAACUUUUUUUUAAUAAUGAAGCUGAAGCAAUUUAGACUUAAAAAUAAAAAAAAAUAAAAAGUACUUUAAUUACUAUCUUAGAACUGAUGGCAGAAACAGUUUUAAUUUUUUUUCACAAUUUUCUGGAAUCAAAUGAUCUGGUUUUGAGAAUUAAAGUAUUUUCAAAAUUGUUCAAAGACCGUAACAAAGUUUCUUAAUAAAGCUAAAGUACAUAUUCUGUUAUGCUUGCUAACCUGCAAUAGCCAAUCUUCACAUGAAUGCUUACCUGUAUUCUGCUGAGGACCGCUAAAUGGAAAAUUAAUCCUGUAAAGUUUAACUCCUACUCAGUUUGUUCUAUUCUUUAUACUCUAAAAUAAUAUUAAUAAUAAUAAAGUAUUUAAUCAGGAAAGGUACAUUCAGAUUAAUCUGGUUUUCAAGUGUCUUAGCCUACCAGUCAGGGGUUGUUAC